AUGCCGUUGAGGGCAAAGAUCACGAAUCCUGCUUUCGCAGGGCGGGCGCAGAUGUCUACAGAAAACACCCAGGAUGGGCGAAGGUUUCGAAGAGUGAGAUUGGAGAAGAAACCAGAGGUUAUCAAGGAACUGCCAGGCGACGAACCGGAAGAUGUUCUCUUCGAUACCCUGUACGGCGUGCGGACUAUUGAGCUUAACAAACAGGCCACGCUCAAUUCACUCGAUGGAUCGAUGGUCAGGAAAAUCAUACCGAGGCUACAGGAGUGGGCGAAGUCGGACAUGGCGAAUGUGGUGAUCAUCAAGGGCGCUGGACGAGCAUUUUGCGCUGGCGGAGACGUAAAGCAUCUUGCACAGGAUAACGCAACGGGAGAGGAAGGAAUGCAGAGAUCCACGGAUUACUUCGCACUGGAAUAUAAGCUGGACCACCUUAUUGCUACAUAUAGCAAGCCGUAUGUUGCGUUUAUGGAUGGGAUUACGAUGGGUGGUGGUGUCGGGCUGAGUAUCCACGCCCCUUUCCGGAUAGCGACGGAGCGGACAGUGUUUGCUAUGCCGGAGACGACUAUUGGAUUCUUCCCAGAUGUUGGAGCCAGUUUCUUUCUAUCUCGGAUGGUGGGGGGUGUUGGAACGUACCUGGCACUUACCAGUGAGCGGUUGAAGGGCGUCAAUGCUUUCUAUGCCGGGAUUGCCACACACUACAUACACUCUACCUCUUUACCUGCUUUGGAGCGACGAUUGGCUGAGCUCAGAUUCAAGGACUACGACACUAAGCAGCAGAGGCUUGAGCUGAUCGAUGCGACAAUUGAAGAAUUUUGCACCGGCUUGCCUCAUGACGAGCCCAUGCUUAUCAAGGGUAGUUUGAGGGAGGCUAUCGAUCGAGUUUUUACGAAGACGAAUGUGCCCGAUAUCAUCACGGCUUUGAAGGCCGAGGAGGGUGAGACCAAGGAGUGGGCGGAACAAACGCUGAAGACACUGCAUCGGAGGUCACCAACCAGUGUGCACGUUACGCUUCGGCAGAUGCAGCUGGGCAAGGACUGGGGUAUCUUGACCACCUUCCAGCGGGAACACGCGAUGGCUGCGAAAUUCAUGCGUCAUCCUGAUUUCACGGAGGGCGUGCACUCGUUACUUAUCCGAAAAGAUGGCGUGCCAAAGUGGCAGCCGGCCUCGCUGGAGGAUGUCGAAGGCGACAUUGCGACCCCGUUUUUCGCCAUGGAGCCAGAUUCGGCGUUGCGGCUGCUGAGUGGUAACGACUACAGACGGUAUCCGUACGAAUUUGGACUCCCUACAGAAGGCAAGGUUGAAGCUGCCGUGAUGGCGGGUGCAAAUGACAGAGAGCAGGUUCUGGGGCAUUUCCUAAAGCAGAGAAAGGGUAAGCAGGGUGUGCGCGAGGUCGUUGAGGAAAUUCUGGCGAGAAGGACUAGAACACAGGCUCUUGGCGGCUUGGCCUGGAUCACGGCCCCUGGAGCUGAAGAGACGAAGAAACCCGAAGAAGCACCACAGGUAGAAGAAGCACCUCAGGUAGAGGACGCCCCUCAGGUAGAGGACACACCAAAGGUGGAGCCUCAUCGCGAGCAACGUGAAUUACGGUAUGGCCCUAGCCACUACAACCUCACCUUUUCGACGACUCCACACCUGAUCGAUCUACCCUAUACCUCUACAACGCUCUCGAAAUCCGAUCCGAAUAUUCCGCACCAUAAGAGUACAAGAAUCAGAGAACCAAAGGAGGGACGGGGUGUAUCUGCUACACCGACAGGGAUACCUCUUGCCUGGCAGAAUAAACAGUCACCAACUUCGGCAAUGUCUUCUAAUGGCAGCGAAAAUGAAGACGGGGUGUCUGUCCGGGAUAUGAGACUGAAAGUUCUCUAUACCUUCGACGACAAGAACCAGACCAAUUGCCUGGCACGAUGGCCCCACGUCCUACAGGUACAGACAGUAGCCAUGGACGAGGCGACCAGCAUUGGAGUUAUUGAGUUGAAGAUCUGUAUAGACGCUAUUGUACAAUGUAGUCCUGAAUUGGUCGCUCGGCUUGGCCAGGACUAUACCGUGUACGCAUACGAUUAUUCCGAGUACGAUAAUCCUCUUGUUGGUCAAGGCAUGCUAUCCAGAGCAUUGUCUACAGCCUCUCCAACACCUGGAGCUCCCGCCGGUCAAUCGAGACAGCUUAUCACAGGACGCGUAUGCAAGAAUAUCAUGGGCCUAUUCAGCAAUGGGGUCAAGGAGACGCUUGAGGUAAAGCUGAGGCUGGUACCUGUGCCUACCAUGUUGCAGGGAGAGUACCAGAAUACGAUGGGGAGAUAUAGGGAGAUGAAUAAGGCGGUGCCACCUGGAUCCGACCUUAAUGAGUGGAAUUCGUUCAUGCAGUCAAAUCCAAACCUUGGCCAGAUGGCGAAGAAGAUCUCUCCCGCUCCUAUGAUAAACCCCAACAUGAGAGAUGGGGCGAGUAUGGAGGUUAUGAACCAGUUGUUAAGCCCGCACUCGCAACAGCCGAUUAUGCAGGAUCUCUUCAACCAGCAACAAUUUGAUCAGGCAGCUCAGUUCAGUCAGCAAGCUUGUUUCAACCAACAGCCUCAGUACAACCAACAGCCGCAGCUGAACCAUCAACCGCAGGUCAACCAUCAGCCUCAAAUGAGCCAAAACCAUUCCCUUCCGGUCCACCAGCCUAGCUCCACGCCACUAAACCCGGCUGGCUUUACACCUGUCAACGGCGAGAAAUCAAGAAAUGAGAGCCAGGAACCUGUGGCAGUGAGCGACAUGGGAAAUAAGACGUCGAGGCCAUCUUCGAGGGUAUCCGUCAAGAGACCUAGGGCUAAGAAACCCAAGGUUAAUACUGCUGUUGGCGGAAACACCUCUGGAUACGAAGAGGGAACAGAUGGAGAUGAUGGAUCAGCCCCGAAGAAGCGAGCCAAGGUUACGAAGACCAGUUGGGACGGCAAUGCGAGCUUGGGUAUCAACUCAGACUCUCUCAGAGUUGCAGCUGGUACCUCCGGGUCAUUGCGUCUCUUCAGACCAAUUGCCAUGAGUGGCCAGAUGCAAGCUGGUGGUCCUCCUGGCUCCCAUCUCGUGGAAAUCCCACGCGCGCCUACCCCCGUGCCCAGAAUUCACAAUCAACACAUCCCAAGUCAGCCCCAAAGCUCUCUCCGCCCUGCGUCUAGUGCGUCUCAAAACCCUCCUCCUCAGAGCCAAUCUCUUCACCCCUCAUUCCAGACCCGAGAAGAUCAAGUCAGACGAUCUAUUGAGUCAGCCCAUCCUUCUCCGGACCGGUUCAGUCCUGUUGAGACGCCAAUUGACAUGGGAUCUUCACCCCCUGCCAUGAGAACUAGACUACCAUCUUCCAUGCACUCCAGUCCACCAUGUCCUUCAAGUCCUGUCCUUCCACAGAUGCCAAGAACAGACUCUGGAUUCAUGAGCGGCUCAAUGGAUGACCUAUUCGGAGAAGAAGAGGCAGAGUGUCCUGCUGACGAUGGUGAAUUGGAAAUCGUGACACGAGAGGAGUUCGAGCAAGGAGCUGCUCAUCACAGAGCACAAAACCCACCCGAGGGAAGCAACUUCAACUUCAUCAUUCAAGAGGAGGUGCCUGGCCCCCCAGAGCUACUGCCUACUCGUAUGCCAGAAAUUGGUUCUCAAAGUCAGGUCGAAGGCAUAGCUAAAGCUGUAAUGGGUUACGCUAAUGGCAGUGUGGUAUCCGAAGAUGGCCAGGUCCUUCCCCCCUUGAAGAAGGGUAAUCGUGCUCCUAUGCGUCGAGCGAUGAGCCAGCCCGAUAGCAGACAGCCACAAUACCAGGCUCAGAAGUCUUCUCUGGGCCCUGGGCUACGGGAUACGCGCUCAACACUGCCUGAAAUUCGGCCACAUCCGCAGUCAAUGUCGCAGCCCCCACCCGAUCUUCCGUGCCCUACUGGUAAUUUCAUGAACGGUAUGCCCAUGAAUGGUCUCCCAGCUCCAAAUUCUCAAUAUGCAAGUUAUGAACAAGCUCGGAACCCUCAUAUCUCUGCACCUGCGCCUCAAAACACUCCACACCCUGCCAUUUUACAAACAAAUUCAAAACUUGCGCAAAAGUUAGCUCCCGGGCCAGCACCGAGCCAACCUCUAUUAGCACCUGCUCCUGCUUCUGCUCCUGCUUCCGCGUCAGCACCUCUGUCAAGACCAACAUCUAGAUCGGGAAUGAUGGUUCGGACAGCUUCCAUGGGAUCGCUGUCACUUCCGCAAGCCCCUUCCAGCGACCCUGUUCUGCCUCCACCUGUUCUUCACCAAUCUCAAAUACGGCCAGCAGCUCCCCAACCAGCCUCCGAGGCUCCUACGCCGUCUGCGAAUCAUAUGCAGCAGCAGAAGGCUCCCGUCAUGACUUAUCAAGGCCCACCGCCACCAAGACAUGAUAACAUGGUCUACAAGCCGAAGGAAAUCAAGAAGGAUUAUAUCAAGAAAAAGCUCGAGCUCGCGAUUGCCAACGGCGAAAUGCCUCCGUAUUGUGCGAAUUGUGGAGCUGUCGAGACUCCCACCUGGAGAAAGGCUUGGUCUCAGGACUUGGAUGGCGAGCCUGGCUAUCACGAGUACUCGGACAAACCAGGCCGUGUCACUGCGAUCAUCAUCUUGGAGCGCGAUGAGGAAGAAAAGCCGACAAAGUAUAGACUCGUGAAGAAGUCUCUUGGCGAUGGAGAGAUGCAAACAGAAUUUCGUGAAUUUAUUUUGUGCAAUCCUUGUGGCAUCUGGAUGUCUAAAUACAAGGCCCAGCGCCCCUCGAAUAUGUGGGAGAGUAACGGAUUGAUGAGACCUCGAGGAGAAAACAAGCCUCCAGGAAACAAGAGAAAACCCACGACUCAGCGAUCGAGGGCUAAGAAAGGGCAAGUCGCAAUCCCAACGUCUGAGGCUAAUUUCCCCAUGUCGGAUAUACCCGCUUCGGAUGCCAAUUUCCCGAUGUCUGAAGCUCCUGGUACUGGAAAGCUUGAUGGUGUUUCUUCUGGCGACGCGAGAGGUAUACAGCAGCCAGCUCCUGUCAACACAGAGCGAGAAUAUCGUUCACGAUCGACCAGUGCUCAACCUAAGAGGAAACUGCAUGCCAUGACAUCUGAUGCUGCUUCCGCCGCUCUGAGGCGCGCUAUUCAGUCUAGUCCUGCGAGGUGGAUUGGUACUCAGCGAAGUCCCAUCGAUGUUGAAGAUGAGCCUGCUAGGUUUGCUCCCACUCGAAGAUUACUAUUCCCAUCUCCAAGAAAGGACGGCUCGCCUAAGUCGUUAGGAGAGGUGGAAGUAGACGUUCAGGUUACUACUGCUGCCACCGAGUUCCACUCACCACAGGAAAGCAUGACCGAGGUGCAAAUUCAAGACAAGGAGAACUGCCCGCCAGUGAUUGACGAUGACAAUGUCGAUGCCGAUCUUCUCCAGCUCUUCGAGGAGGAGAUGGCGAAGGGUAAUGAAAUCGAGCGUCCUUCUACACCAGUCCAAAAGACACCCACUCAGAACCCGUUCAAGACACCAACCCGUCCGACUCCUAGCCACAGACCCAUCACUCGCAGCGUGUCUCGUUCGAUUCGUUCAGCCAGAUCUAGGCGAUCCGCCAAUUCACCAAGCCAACUCCGAAUAUUUGACCGAACUCCCACGCGAACACCAAGAACAGGAACCCGCCGUCGCUCACCUCGGAACGAAGACCCCCUCUUCGAGUCUCCUUUCACCCAGACCCUCAAUCAACUCAUGGCCGAAGCCAACAACCAGGAGUCUCCCUCCCGCCCGCACACCGACCUGGAACUCGAUUUCGACUCUCUACCUGAUCUCGGCCAGCAACACAACGUCGACCUGGACUUCAACCUUGAAGAUUUCUACUCCACGGACGUGCCAAUGCCGAGCUCCCCGCCGGCGGGAUUCGGGCUGUAUGAGGACCCAGCUAUGCGGGAGCAGCUUGGGGGGUAUGACCAUGCGGUUGGGACUCUACUGAAUAAAGGAGGUGAUGAAGAUGAGGAUAUGCAUAUUAAAGAGGAGCCGGGGAUGUCGCCUACGAAGAUGCCGGAGGCGAGAAAGCAAGUAUGUGGAGAGGUGACGGGUGAGCAAAACGUUUGA